UGUAUCAUGUGAGAAGAGAGAUAGAGACAUAGGUUAUAUAUACACCCACGAAAGUUAUUUCUCAGAUUAGGCACCACACACUCUUCGCAUCACCCUGUCUCUGGAGUCUAGACUCUAGAGGUGGACUGUUGAAGUUCAUCUUGCAAGGCGCCUCCUCUGCUCCGCCAAUAUCUUUUGUUUCUUGCAAUCUCAUUGGCAUCAGAGAAAGGGUUGUUGUCCAGGAUGAGUUCAAGAAGAGGUGGUGGAAAUUCCAAAGGGAAGGAAGUUCGUGACGUCAAUAGCCCGAAGGUUAAGCAGUUGAGCCAUGGUGUAGCAGACAUUAGCCUGGACUCGGCACAAGACGAUGGAGAGUGGGCGGUAAUUUCCAGAAAAUCCAAGAACAGAGCUGGUAGCAGUGCUGCAAAACAAGUCCAAUUGGGUCCUCAAAAUUCUAAUUAUAAGGCGUGGGCACCGGCACAUGAUGCUCAGAAGCCAAGUAUGCGAAAUGGAACUGGUGGUUCACAAACUGCUAAUUCUCAAAAACCAGCUGGAGGAAGAAAUGCAAGGCAGCAGCCUAACAGUACAGGUGGUUUUGGAAGCAACUUUUUGGCCCGGCAACAUUCGAUUCCCCCUCCCCUGGACCAUGGAUGGAAUUGGCAAUCUAGACCUGGUAAAAAAGACAACAAUGUGGCUGCUGCUCUCGCUGAUGAUAAUGAUGAUGACAACUCUGAUCAUAUGAGCGAUACUGAUGAAUACGAUGAUGAGCUAUUCAGUGAUGAGUUUGACUCGGAUUCAAGUGAAAAGAGUCACGGCACUCGGAAGCAAAAUAGAUGGUUCAAGAAAUUCUUUGAAAAUUUGGAUGGUUUAAGUGGGGGUGAGAUUGGUAAUCCUGAUAGACAGUGGCACUGUCCUGCAUGCAAAGGUGGUCGUGGUGCCAUUGACUGGUACCAAGGCGUGCAGCCCCUGAAGAGACAUGCCGAAACAAAAGGAUCAAAUAGGGUGAAGCUCCACAGAGAAUUUGCAAAACUUUUGGAUGUGGAGUUGCAGAUGAGAGGAGUUAUGACUCAAUCUGUGGCUGCGGGUGAAGUAUUUGGUAAAUGGGUAGGUUUAAAAUAUGAGGAAAAGGAUUCCAAAAUUGUCUGGCCUCCGAUGGUUGUCAUCACGAAUACUAGACUUGAAAAGGAUGAAAGUGGAAAGUGGAUUGGUAUGGGAACCGAGGAGCUUGCUGAAUACUUCGGAUCUUAUCCUUAUUUGAAGACUCGACACUCGUAUGGUCCGCAGGGACACUGUGGGAUGAGCCUUUUGAUUUUUGAGGCCUCGGCAAUAGGCCAUUUUGAGGCUGAGCUGCUGCACAAGAAUUUUGCAAUGCAAGGAUUAGGCAGGGAUACUUGGGAUUGUGGUCCUAUCUUGUUUCGUGCAGGUGGUAUUCGACAGCUUUACGGUUACAUGGCAAUGAAACGAGACUUGGAUAUCUUCAACCAGCAUACAGAGGAGAAAUCUAAGCUGAAAUUUGAGCUGAGAUCUUACCAAGAGGUGGUCCUACACCCAAUGAGGCAAAUGAGUGCGGACAGCCAACAGGUUAUUUGGUUGAAGGACAAACUUCCUAUAGAACAGAGGCUUAGAAAAGAUGCUGAACAGACUAAUGAGAUACUUCGUGACAAGCUCGAGAAGGUGCAGGAGGAAAAUCGCAUUUUAAAACGGAGGAUAAAAAUGCAGCUUGAGGAGAACAAGGAAGAGAUGGAUCUGCAAGAAGAAUUUUACAAAGAUAUAAUGUCUCGUACCCGAGAUUGAAAAUUUUAUUCAAGUUUAUUGCAUUUACUUUCUAUUUUGCUUUAUUAGAACUCACAGUUUUCCCCCUUUC